AUGGAUCUAACACUUUUGUCCGCUUGUGAAGAAUCUCCACUUUUGCUAUCUGAAUCCGUGCACUUUGGAUCUGACAUUUUAGCCACCGCCGGUGAAAUUGAUUUGCAUAAUGUUUUGACGAAGAGGAUUUUUCUAUCUGCUCUGCAUUUUAGGAUCAACACAAGAUACAAGGCCUCUGCAGCUUCUGCCUUCAUAGUUCGAAUCUGCCGUUUACUUCAAUCGAACUGGAUCACAGUGAUUAUGGAAGGGAAGGUUAUAAUGUUACAACUCCAAGAGGCAUUAGCAGAGGCAGUUUUGCUGGCUGAUCUGGAACAAGAUACGGUAAGAGCUUGUCUUAUUCUUAGAACCCUCACUUUUUCCUGCUCGUCUUCCAACUUUGUUAUUGAAUGGCUCUUCUGGAUUACGGUUGGCAUGGCAACCAAUAUUCCUCCCCAUAACCUCGGAGAGCUGGUCAAUGUCCUAUGCACUUUAAUUCACAACCCAGAAGCCACUUUGCAAGAACUCUUGGAGUACAUGCCAGGGCCUGAUUUUGCCUACUGGAGGUCUAAUUAUGGGAAAUCUAGGAGUAUAGAUGGCGUAACUGAUAUCCGUGAUGAAAGUGAUCGUACUGGUAUGCGUAUUGUGAUCGAGCUGAAACGUGGAGCAAAACCAGCGCUUGUUUUGAAUAAACUUUAUCGUCUAACUCAACUUCAAUCUAGUUUUACCCGCAACAUGGUUGGUAUUCUGGAUGGACAACCUAAACUGAUGGGACUGAAAGAAUUGCUUCAGACAUUUUUAGACGUUAGAUGCUCUGUUGUUGAGCGACGUGCGCGGUUCAAACUUUCACAAGCUCAAGAGAAGAGACACAUUGUUGAGGGUAUCGUGGUGGGCCUUGAUAAUUUGGAUCACAUUAUUCAAAUCAUUAAGGAAGCUUCCAGCAAUGCAGCUGCAUCGACUAGUCUAAUGAAUGAAUUCAAUAUUUCAAGUAAGCAAGCAGAAGCUAUAUUAGAUAUAAGCCUCCGAAGGCUCAUCCAUAUGGAGAGAAGUAAAUAUGUAGAUGAAAAGAAAUCUCUAACAGAACAAAUCUCAAAAUUAGAAGAACUACUAGCAAGCAAGGGGAAGAUGCUACAGCUGAUAGAACAAGAAGCUGUUGAGCUCAAGCACAAAUUUUCAAACCCAAGGCGCUCUAUUUUGGAAUAUUCGGAUGACGGUCAGCUUGAAGAUAUAAAUGCUAUUCCAAAUGAAGAAAUUCUGUUGGCUAUUAGCGAAAAGGGUUAUGUUAAUCGGAUGAAGCCCAACACCUUUAAUCUGCAGAAACGUGGAACCAUUGGCAAAUCUGUCGGAAAAUUGAGAGUCAAUAAUGCAAUGUCAGAUUUUAUGGUCUGUCGAUCACAUGACCACAUUCUUUAUUUGAGAUACUCUCAUCAUGCGUUCAGUAAAUCUCAAGUUGUUGUUAUGUUUUCAGAGGAAGAGUGGCAUUUGGCAGCAGUCUUUGUGGUUGGUUUCUCACUAACAGAGGACUUUGAGAGUGAUGAACAAGUAGUUCUAGUAAGUCAAAGUGGCACCGUCAAUAGAAUCAAAGUUCGUGAUAUUUCAAUCCAGUCACGCUAUGCAAGGGGAGUGAUUUUGAUGCGGCUAGAGUACGCGGGGAAGAUUCAGUUAGCGUCGUUAAUAUCCGCGGCGGAGGCUGAAGCAGAAGAUGAAACAACAGGAACAACAAUAGAAGAUGAAGCAGCAGGACCUGUUUUGAUGGUUUCCCAGCCCAGUGAUCCUAAUUUGGAAUAUGGUGACGAACUUGGAGCGGCGUUGGCGUACGACCGGGCGAUAAACCGGAUCCACAACGCCAAGGCGAAGCUGAAUUUCCCGCCUCUGGUCGGGACCAAUGGGUGGGAGUUGGGUCGGGUGGUGGGAACUGGGUCUAGUAAGCAGCGGGUGGGAGGUGUUGUUGCAGAGGUGGAAACGACGCCGUCGGAGGUGGGGAGUGAAGGGCGUUUCCUGGUUCGUGGGCCUUGGGAGGAGACCGUCGAGCUCAUCAAGGCCUACCACGACAAGUGGUUCGCCAUCAACCGUGGCAAUCUUUUGGCUGCCAAAUGGGACACCGCCACCAUCGCGUUGGCCGACUCCCCAGCCCCUUCCGACCCUCCCAAAUCCACCGUCCAGUGCCGGCACAAGAUCGAGAAGAUACGGAAGUGCUACCACACCGAGAAGCAGCGGUGCAUCAAUUUCCCAGGUCAGUUCUUUUCUUCCUGGGACCUGUUCCCUCUCUUGGAUGUCACGUCAUAA